UCUCUCGGGUCUCCCCGCGGGCUUCUGGGAAGUGUAGUUUCUGGUCUGUGGGCCGGACGGAAGGAGCGGGGGAGGCCCCUUACGCAAACUACAAUUCCCGGCGGGGAGCGCGGUGAACGGGGGGGUGGGAUCUGAACAUGGCGGCGGUGGUAGCAGCUACGGCGUUGAAGGGCCGGGGGGCGAGAAAUGCCCGCGUCCUCAGGGGGAUCCUCUCAGGAGCCACUAAUAAGGCUUCCCAAAACAGGACCAGAGCCCUGCAAAGCCACAGCUCAUCGGAGUGCAAGGAGGAGCCUGAGCCUCUGCCCCCUGAGCUGGAAUACAUUCCCAGAAAGAGGGCCAAGAAUCCCAUGAAGGCUGUGGGACUCGCCUGGGCCAUCGGCUUCCCCUGUGGUAUCCUCCUCUUCAUCUUCACCAAGCGGGAAGUGGACAAGAACCGUUUGAAGCAAAUGAAGGCUCGGCAGAACAUGAGGGCGUCCAACAUGGGCGAGUAUGAGAGCCCAAGGUUCAGGGCCUCCCAACAUUCCACAGCCCUUGAAGUUAAAUCUGGGUCUCAGGCCUGAAAAGCACUGCAACCCUCCCUUAGACUGUUUUGACUGUAUUGGCCAACUCUGGUCAUUGCCUUUGAGGUCCACCAGAGGGCGUGUGAAGCCCAAGCUGUUGCCAUCCCCUGCCUAUCCCAUUACAGAGGAGCCCACUAAAGGCAAAUAAAGUUUUUGAGUGGUGGAAAGGAA